UAAUGUAGUAGUUAUUUAUAUCAUCCACACAUAAUUUUGAAUACUAGUAACUUUUUAUAUCUUAGACAUGAUCUAAGGUGAAAUAUUGUCACAAGAACACUGCAGUGUAUUAGAAUUACUAUAAGAGAGAUUUAUGAAAAAUCCAAUCUACCAAAUUAUAUCAUUUAAUUUAAAGAUCCAUGGGUUCCAGUUUAUCAGUGUUAGCAUCAAUUGCAAUCCUCCGUAGCUCCAUAAACGACUUCGUUCCGCCAGAAGUCCGCAAUUACAUACUCGAAUUCACCCGCCGUUUCUCUUCCGAACUCACUGUCGUCGUUAAAGAAUCACACGAAGGCUCAACAAAUCAUCUCUUUAACGCAUUAGCUACCUAUCUCGGCAGCAGCGCCUCCACCAACUCAACUCCGCCUCCGCGGGUGGUCGUCGGCAAGAGCGAGAGCAUGAAAACACUCACCUACGGACUCGACAAAAACUCAGAAAUCACAGAUAUUUACGACGGAGUUCCGAUGAAGUGGUGUUACUACAUCGACGUUAACUCAGCUCUACACUUCGAGUUACGGUGGUAUCAGCUCAGAUUCCAUAAACGAUUCGCCGAGUUGGUGAAGAACAAGUAUCUGCCGUACAUUCUUGAAACGGCGAAGAGAAUUCAAGAUGUGAAUAAGGUGGUGAAAUUUUACACGACACGUGGCGGACGGGAUGGGUGGAGUUCGAAAGGGAUAAAGCUGGACCAUCCGAUGACAUUUGAGACUCUGGCGAUGGACGGUGAGAUGAAGCAACAAGUGAUGGAUGAUGUGGAUAAUUUUAUUAAGGGAAAAGAGUAUUAUAAGAAGAUUGGUAAAGUUUGGAAAAGAGGGUAUUUGCUAUAUGGUCCUCCAGGAACUGGGAAAUCAAGUUUGAUAGCUGCUAUGGCUAAUUAUUUGAAUUUUAAUAUUUAUAGUUUGAAUUUAUCGGCUAUUACUUCUGAUUCUGCACUUGAGAAUUUGUUGCUUCAUAUGUCCAAUCGAUCCAUUCUUGUUGUUGAGGAUAUUGAUUGCUCUGUUAUGUUGCAUAAUCGUCAAGCUCAGGAUCAUCAUCCAUCUGAUUCUUCUCGCCUGCCUCAGGUAACACUAUCAGGACUUCUGAAUGCAAUUGAUGGCCUAUUAUCCUGCUGUGGAGAUGAACGGAUUAUCGUCUUCACUACGAACUAUAAAGAUCGAAUCGAUCCUGCGUUGCUAAGAGCUGGUCGAAUGGACAUGCACAUUUGCUUAUCUUAUUGCACAUUUUCCACAUUCAAGCAGCUAGCAUCCAGUUACUUGGGUAUUUCGGAUCAUCGUCUCUUUUCUUGCAUUGAAAAGCUCAUUAAAGAGGUUCAAGUCAGCCCCGCUGACGUUGCCGGUCAGCUGAUGAAAACAAAAGACGCUAAGAGUUCUCUAAAUGGCUUGAUCAGAUUUCUAGAAAGCAUGAAACUAGAAGCGAAAUCCUCAGAACAAGACCGAGACUGUUUCAAUCAGAAGGAUGAGCACUCUCAGAAAUCCUCCAAGACCAUUGAUUCCGGUGAUAAUGUCCAUCAGAACGGACAUAAAUUCAAGUAUACAGUUAAGGAAGAAUUCAAGACUAUCCUUGAAAAUAUUCUGUCAGAGCAUGGAGAUAUUGCUGCCAAAUGCUCAAUGCAUUCUCUGCAAUGCCGUUCGUCCUUCUUGGAAAUUGUUUGCGGCAUCUACCUGAAGCUGCAAUCAUCAGAAAUAAAGAACAUAGCACAAGAGCAGCUAAAGUCCAUGUUACUUACUGUGCAUGAUCUUGAAUCAGUUCGACUAGAAGUUGGCUGGCUCAGUAAGAGGUUGAAUGAGAUUAUCGAGGCUACGCCACUAGUUGAACAACUGAAGACUGAAAAUGGUCAAGACAAAAAAUACUUGUAGUAUUCAAACAUGUAACAAAAGAAAAGGAAAAACUAGUAAGGUUGAUGAGAAAAAGAAAUAAAAUAAGCCAAGCCAGAUUAAAAAAGCUUAUCAACACCUCAAAAUCAAUUUUAGCCCAAUAGAAUAUAGUAUCAAUUGCAAUUAGGCAUUAUCAUUUCAGAUUCACAUCAA